ACGCAUCAUACCUGGGGCUUGCAGAUGUUGUCGCCGAUUGCUAGACCAGAAUAGAGCAAAGCUAGACGUGUCAGACUCUUAUAGACGUACACCACUAUCCUGGGCAGCAGAGAAUGGGCACGAAGCCGUGGUCAAAUUACUGCUGGACAGGAUGGAUCCGGCAUACUUGGAAGUCGAUGCCGACUGGACAUUGGUCUCGAACAGCGAUGCAAGAGAUGUCCAUGAGUUCGAGCUAGAUACCUACACACUCUGUACGACGGGGUCUUCACCAGACGCAGCAGACAUGCUUGGCUGGACACCAUUAUCGUGGGCCGCCAAGGAAGGACACGAAGGAGUAGUCAGAACCCUUCUCGCGAAAGGUGCUACACCAGACCUGGCAGAUGCCAUGGGCCGGACUCCCUUGUUCCUGGCUGCAGAGGUCAUCCGAACGCUCCUCGAGUACAGUGUCGCCGAACUGGACGCGGCAGAUAUGCUGGACCAGACACCGCUGUCCAGGGCGUCCAAGGAGGGGCAUGUAGCGGCGGUACGACAUCUACAAGAUGAAAGUGCUGCUGUGCAUCCAGCGGAUGUAUAGACCGGACCCCACUGUCUUGGGCGGCCAUAAAAGGACAUCAAGCCGUGGUCAGGGC